AUGUACGAGAAUGGUCAACCAAACAAUGGAUCAUUCCAUGGUGAAUCAUACAAAGGUUUCACGCAGACGUUUGAGAUUAACCGUCUAAAACAUGAACAUCUUGAAUCUAUCGACGGCUACUACACAGAGUCAAGUGGGAUUCAAGCACUUCAGUUCAGAACCAACUUGAGAAUUUCUGAACUGAUGGGAUAUGAUGAUAAGGGUAUUAAAUUUACUCUAGCAGUGGAGGGAAAAAAGAUCAUUGGGCUUCACGGAUCAACUCAAUCAAAUAUCUUCUCUCUUGGAGCAUAUUUCAACUCGGCUACACCUAUCAGAAUGGAAGUGAGAGGGGGCAAAGAAGGCAAAGAGUGGGAUGAUGGAGCCGACCAUGAGGGUGUAACAAAGAUACACGUACGAGGUGGUCUUAAAGGCAUACAAUACAUUCAGUUUGAAUAUGUCAAAGAUGGUCUGUUGAAAAAUGGAUCAGUCCAUGGUUCUAUCUCCGGUGGAGGUUUCACGCCCGCGUUUGAGAUUAAACAUGAUGAGCAAGAAUGUUUGGUAUCAGUGGAGGGAUACUAUGACGAAGCGACCAGGGUCAUACAAGGUCUUCAAUUCAAGACAAACAUGAAUACUUCAAAGCUGAUGGGAUACAAAAAGGGUAAGAAGUUUAGCAUUUCAGCCAAUGUAAUGAAGAUUAUUGGAUUCCAUGGAUAUGCUGAGAAGAACUUAAGCUCUCUUGGCGCAUAUUUCACAACGCUUUCUCCUAUGAAAUCCGAAUGCCAAGGUGCUACUAAAGGUGGAGACCUUUGGGAUGAUGGUGCUUUCGAGGGCGUUAGAAAAGUGUACGUCUACUACGAACAUAACUACAUAAUGUUUAUCAGUUUUGACUACCAAAACGAUGGCCAAGCAGAAAAGCGUGAUCAUGGAUAUAAAGAUGGAUUCACUGGACAAGAAGCCGAGGUAACAAGAAGUGUUUUCAAUCUACAGUUUGUGGUCGACUAUCCAAAUGAAUAUAUCACUUCUGUGGAGGGGACUUUCAGUACCGAGAGUGAUAUGUGGAUUACGACGUUGACUUUCAAAACAUCCCAAGGGAGAAUUUCACAGAAAUUUGGAAAUGAGCAUUUAGGAGAUCAACGAAUCUUGCUAGAGAGCAAAGGUUGUGCUCUUGUUGGGUUCCAUGGACGGUCUGAUGAUUCUGUUCUCUUGGCUAUUGGAGCAUAUUUUUAUCCGAUGCAACAACCUUCUCCUGAUGCAAAGAAGCUAGAUGCAAAAGGUGGUCAUGGAGGAGCUUCUUGGGACGAUGGUAGUUUCGAAGGUGUUAGAAAGAUAUACAUUGGACUAAGCCAAAACGCUGUAGCUUUCGUCAAGUUUAUGUACUACAAAGACGCUCGUAUGGUCUUUGGAGAUGAUCAUGGGAACAAGAACCAGCUAUUUGGAGUCCAAGAGUUCGAGCUGAAUUAUCCAAUGGAAUAUGUCACAUCAGUGGAAGGUAGUUAUGAUAAUAAAUCAGGAGCUAUCACCAUGCUUAGGUUCAUUACCAAUAGACAAACCUCCCAAGACUUUGGACUCGCUACAACAUCAAGCUUCGCACACCACAAAGUUGAUCACAUGAUCGUUGGGUUCCAUGGAAAAUCCAGUAACAUGCUUCUCCACAAAAUUGGAGUCGAUGUCAUACCAAUCUGA